UGCCAUUUUUAGAAAGUGAGGGAGAAUUUACGUCUUGCUGUUCUUUUUCUGCGAUGAACAAUGGAAAUGGCAUUAAAAACCAGUAAUGAAGACUUUCUUGAUGAAGCCCAUCGUUCUUCUGACAGUCACCUUCACAAGCACUUCGCUCUUCAUCUUGUACUGCCGGCCAAUCCCAUCUCCACAAAGACCAGACUACAUGGCUCGGAGCUUUAUUCUCUGGCUCCAUGGACUAGGCGACUCAGGUCCAGCGAACGAACCCAUCAAAACCUUCUUCACUUCUCCUGAGUUUAGGAACGCCACCUGGUCUUUUCCCUCGGCUCCUUCUAAUCCCGUCUCCUGCAAUUAUGGUGCUGUAAUGCCUUCAUGGUUUGACAUAUUCGAGAUACCGGUGGGUCAUGAAUCUCCUAAAGAUGAAAGUGGUGUACUUAAAGCAGUGCAAAAUGUGCAUGCAAUGAUAGACAAGGAAAUAGCUUCUGGCACAAACCCUGAGAAUGUUUUCCUCUGUGGAUUUAGUCAAGGAGGUGCUUUGACAUUAGCCAGUGUUUUGUUGUAUCCAAAAACCCUGGGUGGAGGUGCAGUCUUUAGUGGAUGGGUUCCUUUCAAUUCUUCAAUGAUAGAGCGCAUCUCAGCAGAAGCAAAGAAGACCCCUAUUCUGUGGUCCCAUGGUAUUGCUGACAGAACAGUGUUGUUUGAAGCCGGACAAGCUGGCCCACCAUUCCUUGAACAAGCUGGCAUAAAGUGUGAAUUUAAGGCUUAUCCAGAUCUUGGCCAUUCAAUCAGCAACGAAGAGCUUCGAUACCUAGAAUCAUGGAUCAAGACUCGGCUGCCAAGCUCAUCAUGGAUUGCCAAUUUAUGGGAUUGCCACCCUGAUUGUUGUUGGGUCCCCAGUGUUUUAGAUAUAUAGGGUAAAGUGAAAACCCACAUUACCAGAUUUUCUGCAUGUUGCUGCUGAUAACUCUCUUCAUUUUUAUUUGACAGCCAGUAAACUGAUGGAUUGUUGCUGGUGUUUCCUAUUAAAGGUAUUACCAUCAGGUAGUGGUAGUCCAAAGGUCAUUGCUCCUAUCUUACAUGUUUUAUAGCUUGGACCUUGGAUAUUACUUUAGGGUUUUUUUUUCUUUUUUUGGGCAUAUAGGUCCUUAAAUUAAUGUUUUAACCAUAUUGUCUAAUGGACGGUUAGACUUUAUCAUCAGCUAUUGCCUUUCGAAAUCAGGUCUGCCAAUUUGGAGAACAAGUUCAUAAAGUACCAUGGCCAAAUAAACCCCCGAUGCUUGUUUUUCA